AUGGAGACAUACAAGUCAUCAAUAUUAAUUUUUUUGAGCGUCAGUAAUGUUUUCUUUUUGUCAGUUGAUUCCUUGGAAUGUCAGUAUUGCAGCAGCACAGAAUAUUCUUCAGACUGUCGCAAAGGAACCGUAAAGGAUCGACAGACAUGCACCAUCAAGGGAGAGGAUCGCUGUUAUGUAGAGUAUAUAGUAAAUGAUGGAAGUAAGCCUUUAUAUCGCAGAGGAUGUGCCCCUCGUGACUGGUGCAAACAACAGAGGCGAAAUCAAGGUCCCGCAUUGAAAUUCUGCAAUACUUGUCAAGAUUCGAACUGCAAUAAUGACAGAAUUAAGUCCGAAUAUUUCCUUUCCAAGAAAUGCCGGUAUUGCAGCAGCUCAGAAUAUUCUUCUGACUGUCGCAAAGGAACCGUAAAGGAUCUACAGACAUGCACCAUCAAGGGAGAGGAUCACUGUUAUGAAGAGUAUAUAUUAAAUGAUGGUGAGAAGCCUUUGUAUCGCAGAGGAUGUGCCCCUGGUGACUGGUGUAAGCAGCAGAUGGGAAAACAUGGUGCCGCACUGAAAUUCUGCAAUACUUGUCAAAGUGCGAAAUGCAAUAAUGACAUAAUUGGGUCCCAGAAUGCAUCCUCCUUAUUGUGUAGAAAUUGUGAGAGUGAUUAUCACGACAGUGCCUGCAAAAACGGCACAGUCAACACAUACGACGAAUGUGGAGAACGUUCCAUGUGCAUACAAUAUCAUUUUUCGACCAACAAAAAGGACAUAUGGAAGAGAGGAUGCGGUGACAGAGAUUCGUGUGCCGAUCUUAGGGAAAAAUAUGGAAAAAACUUAUUAGAAUGCAAGAAAUGUAAAUACGAAUUGUGUAACAAUUAUCCGAUGAAAAAAUCCUCCAAACUGUGA